UUUGGCUUUUGCUCUCUUUUGUUAGGCCAGUUCAAUUCGUACAAAUAAUAAUUUAAAUAAAUUUCGUAAAAUGAAUCGAACAUCAAUCGGACGAGUGUUUUUCCAAGCCUGGAGAUCAAAAAUGUUUAAUUGCAGUCCAAGCAGUUUAUUUUCUGAACAAAUUAUUAUACCAAGUUACCUUAGCUUACGUAAUACAAGUUUUUUUAACAAACUUCCUGCUGAAGACAUUUGGCGUGGAGUUACGGCGGUUAGCAAUGCUGGAAAAAAAAGAGGUCGUGGGAAAGGAAGUGGAAAAAAAGUUGCGAAGGAUCUCAACAAAGGGCAAACUAUUGGAUUUGGAAAAAACUGUCGGAUAUGGCCUGGAUUAAAUUCACCUAUAAUGCGUGGAAAUGAUCUCAUUCAUCAGCAGAAACUUGUCGAAAACUUAGAUAGAGAAAACGGAAUAAUGAAAUUACGUGAUUCAAUGGGAAAUUUUAGGUUGACAAAGUUAAAUCCGAUAGAUCGAGGUUGGUCUGGAAGUAAAAUGCCUGGACGAAGUAUUGGACAGCCUGAUUCAGUUGGAGAGGAAGAGUUUAAAUCAUUUGAUACUCGAGUCUUAGAAAACAAAAUUGUGUUUAUUAUGAAAGGAAAUAUGGGAAGGAAACGUAGAUAUUCUGUCUUAUCGGUCACAGGAAAUGGUAAUGGCUUAGCCGGAUUUGCUACUGCUAAAGCUCCAGAAGCUCGAACGGCUCUUCGAAAGUCGAAAAAUCGGGCAGGACAAAAACUAAUCAAUGUAAGCCUUUGUGAAAAUAGGACUAUUUAUCAUGAUUUUCGUUCUGAUUUUGGAAAAACGAAAAUUUAUUGUUUUCAAAAGCCUGAUGGAUAUGGCUUAGUUUGCCAUCGGGCCAUACAAACAAUUUGUAAAGUUAUAGGUAUAAAAGACUUGUAUGCCAAAAUUGAGGGUUCCACAAACCUACAGCAUAUUGUAAAAGCAUUUUUUAUUGGUUUAAUGACUCAAAGGUCUUAUCAAAAUAUUGCUAAUGAAACCAAUUUCAACAUUGUUCAACAGCAAAAUGCAAGAAAUAGAUUCACUGAAGUUAAAGGAAUGCCGUUCUUAAAUUCAAUUCACACGCAAAAUAAUCAAGAAAUUGACUAUAUGCAUUUUACGUUAGGAAAUAAAAUAGUUCUAAAGAAAAGUGGGGUUGUACCAUUUUAUGUUAAUUCGAAGGGAUACGAGCUGCGUCGAAUUAAGGCUGAGCGAUUUCGAAACCAGCCCAAGGUUCGACUACACAAGUUAAUAAAUUCAUAUACAUGAAUAAAUAAAUAUAAUAAUAAAUGUA